AUGGGUUCAGCAGAGUACAUAUUGAAAUCAAUCUUCAAGCGGGUUUUACGCGAUCCAAAGUUGCGACAGCCAUUUCAAGCAUUCCUCGAACAACAAUUUUGUGCAGAAAACUUGAACUUUUAUGUGGCAGUGGAACGAUUUCGUGACAUGCAAUUCAAUAAUGAGACAAAUUUCGCUCGACAUAUUUAUGAACGGCAUUUUGCGACGAAUAGUGCCGAACCAGUUAAUGUGGAUAAUUCAACCAGUAAACGUAUUCGGGAGACCAUGGAGGCGGGCAAAUAUCCUCGAAACACAUUCGAUUUAGCUCAGUAUCAGAUUUUUCAUUUGCUCAAAUAUGACUGCUGGCCUCGGUUUUUACGAGCGGGUGGUGUGCAGCCGGAGUUCUCCGAUGAAGAAUUGGCGGAAGAGGAUGAGCGGCAGCAUCAGAGCGGGUUGACGACGGCGGCUUCCACUUCUCGGCAACGAGAAGUCGACUUGAUCUGCUCUAAACGUCGCAGUUUGUUCGCUAUUGACGGAAAGCAGCUCUCCAUGCCCGCUGAGAUGUCCACUUCAUUACCACAUCGUCAUCCACCGCCUUCUCGAACGGAACCCAAAUAUUGCCGCUUAAUGACCGGCGACACUUGCGGUACUCAGGUUGUCAAGCUGACCGAUCCAACAAUUUCCGUGCGGCAAUGGACGCAAAAUAUGGCGAUUAUGCUAGCCAUGGAUAAAAAUGCGACAGAGGCCGUGGAUGCCGAGACGUGCAGCACAAUUGACCCUGCCCGACAGGCAAUCGAUGCUUUACAAUCACGAUCAGUUCGAAUCGUUCCCGUAGUAACGUUUGCCGUCGAAAUUCUACCGCCUAACUAUUCAUUCAAAAGCCCUAGUAGCACUCCGACAAAGGUUAUAUUAGUUCGAGCUCGGCAUUCGCUGUCUGCUGGUGGUGUAUUGCGACCUUUGCUGAGCAAGUACUCCAUUGACUACACCACUGUCACGGUGUUGUUCAGUGGAACACUGGAAGUAAUAAGAAACUCGGUUUCAAUCGGUAAUAUCGGAACGCGCAGUCUGACAGUGAUGACUCAAAGCCAGUACAAUGAGCGUGUACAUGGUGGUAAAAAGGAUGUGCCUAUUCCUCGAGAUCCAAUAAUCACAUCACCAAAUUUGGCUAUCGAGCAUAAUCUUCAGUUUCACCAGCAUGGAGAUGUCUCGUAUUGUGAACUACCUAGUGAAGCCGAUCGCCUCAAGCACGCGCAAAAGUUGAUACAAAACGUUUUUAACUUCUGGAUUUCCAAUUUCUCAUCAGCUGCCGUGUCGAAUAAAGAAGAAACUACACGAUUUGGUAAUCAGCGUAUACCAAGUCGACGAAAAUCUGUUGGGCAAAGUAGUAGCUCUGGUGUCUAUUGUGGAGAAGAAGUGUCAGUAGAAGCACCAAAGGAACCGAUUAGAAAGCGGCUGAGUCUUUUCAAAAACGUAGGUGAUGCAUGUUUCGUCACUUUAAAUUUCGCACUCGCUCAGUUAAAAGGAAACUUUUAUCACUGA